AGCAAUGGGAGGCGAAAUCCGUGGAAUUCGGUCAGUUUGGUGCGGAUGAGGACGGAGGUCAUUAGUCGAUCCGAUCGUUUCAUGUAGAAAAUUUCAUCUCAUGGCUUGUGCUGUGUGGAGUGCCAGAAAUUUCAUGCGGAGUCGUUUGGUGUGGCUGAGGAGUGGGUCAAUAGAUCUGGUGAUGAAUUGUCAUCGUUUUAGAGCCGAGGCAAUGAGGUCUGAUGUCGCGAUGAAAUUUGAGCAUUUUGUUGUAGAAGGUGUCGGAAAUUAAGAGAGAUUGGUUUUAUGAUGGUUGCUUGAUCGGAUAGAGGCUCGUACCGCUAUGGCACAUGCGAUCGGGAGGGCUGUGCGGCAGCAGGCGUCUCAACGGUCGGCCUUGAAUUGGUCCGGAGAAGAUGGAUUAGCAUGUGGCGUUUGUAGCAGUGUGACCAGGAGAUUUAUCUCGUCCCAACCGUAUGCUGUCGACGUCAAUAACGUUGGCGCUGUAAUCGCACCUGCACCUAGUGUAGACGGGCCAUUCUUUCCACGGGCAUGGAGUCAUGUCUAUUCACAGAAUGCUUCGCAAGCUGUGGUUCCCAAGGGCAAGAGGCUCUUUCUUGUGGAUACCCUAGCUCUGGUGAGAAGGCUAGAGUCGCAGGGCAUGACGCCAAAGCAGUCGGAAGCUAUUACUGCGGUCAUGACAGAGGUUCUGAAUGAUAGCCUGGAGAACGUAGGCCAGACGUUCACUUCGGUUUAUGAAAUGCAGCGAAGUGAAAUGGUAGCAGAAGCUGCUCUCUCAAAGUUCAAAGGACAAAUGCAAAGCUCUCAGGAUCAUCACUUCGCCAUGUUGCAGCAGGAGUUGGAGAGACUCCGCACUGACAUCGACAAGAUGCGCAAUGAAUCCAAUUAUGCGAUUGAUAAAGUAACUUCAGGACAACGAUUGGAUUUAAAUCUAGAGAGGGGGCGGAUUCGGGAUGAACUUUCCACUCAAUCUACAGAAACGUCUAAUUUGACCAACAAGCUUGACAGAGAGAUACAUUCCUUAAAGACACAGCUUGAGGCAGCUAAGUUUGAUGUCAUCAAGUAUUGCAUAGGUACUAUUGCAUCAGUUACAGCUGUUGGUCUUGGAAUGCUGCGGCUUAUCAUGUGAACGGCGCGUAACCUCUCAUUGCCUUCAAGCAGAAUUUACUUGAUUAUAUUUCAUUGACUUCCCUUCAUAUAAUCUCUUUCUGUUAAAAGUACAACAUCCUAGCACGAAGUGCUGGACACUUAAGAUUUCAUCAUAGUAUUCAUCAAGUUGUAUAUUGCCGGGUUCCUACGUUGAUUCUGCGAAAUUUAAUUUUUAACAAUAUGUGUUGCCAUCUUGAUUUGUCUACAAUUGUGCACCUCCUUAAGCAAUGCCAGUGCAGAUGAAGAAGCGCAACGUAUCGUCAUAAUCGUCAGAUCUCGUAGCUUAGAAUAGUUAGGAAUAUGUUCACAUGUACACAUUUGAAUCUGGAGUUUGCCUGGCCAAAUUUUCAACAUGGAGUUAUUUGGGCAGUAAUUGGUUGGUCUCCAAGAAGUGCCCUUGUGCAGUGCUUCUCUACAGUUUUUUCUGCAUUACAUCUUCCUAAUAUGGAAUAGCUUUAAGCCAUAAUUAUAAAGGAUAUUGUAGUAAUGCAA